GCAGACAACAAAUGUAAAUAAUGUAAUGGUCUUUUCGCGUUGUGAAUAACAAUGCCAGCUUGUUGAAUAUUUUAGAUAUCCCGUAUCUGCAACGAGCAUACGCUCGCAACAGCGUGUUGUCAGCAGAUUUUUGUAAUUUGAUACGAACUCGGAGAUAUGAGCGCCGUGUCGCCAUUUAGAUUUUGGGGGUUAUUGGUUAUAGGUUAUAGCACGCUAUCAAAGUUAAACAGUAUCGCCGAGAAUCGCGGUUACGUAUAAAUUUGUGAUGGUCGCAAUAUAAAUAAAUGCAUCGUAAUAGUAAUUAAUCGCGAUUAGUCAUCUAGUGCAAUUGUCACUAGUGUGUCAUGUGAUGUGUGUCCUGUCAGUUGGCAAGGGUUCGCGUCGACUAGACGCUAUAUUGGUAUUGACAGUGAAUCUUGGAGCACAGCCAUAUGGUGGCCAAGGAAGAAAUGGAGCUGCACGAAGAUCGGGUUAAAAUACAAUCGUGCCGUAGAUUCUGGCACAGUCUACCAGAACGCAUAUCCAGGACGGUAGAACAUUUGUUCUAUCAGCUUGGAGUACACAUCGCUCAAAGUCCAUACAAAUGGAUGCUCGGAUGUUUUGUGGUAGUAUUAGUGUGUGUCCUAGGCCUGUUUCGUUUCCGACAGGAAAAGAAUCCCAUCAAACUUUGGGUUCCACCAGAUUCUGACUUUGUGACGACUACUGAAUGGCUAAUGUCACAUUACUUAGAAACUCUGCGAAUUCAAACGUUUAUUUUAACUGAUGACAAUGUUUUAGAACAGCAAACGCUUAUUAGGUUAAAUGAAAUCACUAAACAAAUGAUUUCUACUCAGACACCGAUCGAGAACAUUUCUUGGACAGAUGUCUGUAUGAAGAUUCCUGUUAUCUCUGGUGUUACAAAGAGAAGUAAGAGACAAAGUUCUCUUUUCGAAGACAAUUUUUUUGAUGAUGAUCUCUCUUCUAAAGUUAAUCAAACCUUUGAACCUGUCAUUCAUGUCGAUAGUAAUUUAUAUUGCAGUAUAAUUGAGAGUUUACCUAUGAGUUGCCUUUUGUUUAGUAUCUUAGAUAUAUGGGAUUUUGAUAGCGCUAAAAUUGAAAAAGAUUCUACAGAAGAUAUUAUCAUAAAGGUAAAUACAGUAAAAGUGAGCCCCACAUUGGGUCACGCCAUGAAUUUCAGUGAUCUUCUGGGAGACGUAACUCUAGAUGAAAGCGGUAGGAUUAUUGCUGCGGGAGCUGUACGGACUGAUCUGAUGGUUCAUGUCAGUUUUCUCAAUGUGGACAUGGAUAAAAUUGGAAACAAUGCGGGAACUGCUGAUUGGGCUACAGAGGAUGUAUUGAAAUGGGAAUCAGCUUUUCUGGAAAAUAUACAAAAUCUUUGGUAUCAACUGCAAAGCGAAAGAAAUAAUUCUUUGAUGCUUUAUUACGAAGCUGGUAGAAGCUUCGGAGAUAUUUCUGGUUCAUCUAUGUUUCAAGAUAUAGAUAAAUUAAUUGUAGGAAUUUUGUUAAUGUUCCUAUAUGUCUUAAUGAUUUUAUCGAAUCGUAACUGGGUGGAAUGGCGGUUUUGUCUUACUAGUACCGGUCUUUUAUGCGUGGGUGCUGCAUUUAUUCUUGCAGUGGGAGUAUGCUCUCUAAUAGGAAUCCCAUAUGGUCCAGUGCACACUUCAUUGCCAUUUAUGCUCUUGGGUUUAGGGAUUGAUGAUAUUUUCGUAAUUAAUGCAUCUUGGAAACAGAUACAUACCGAUGAAUCAAAUUUAAACAAGCCAUUAACAGAAAGAAUCGGGCUUACGUUAGGUCAUGCCGGUUCUGCUAUCAGUAUUACCUCGCUUACCGACGUCGUGGCAUUCAUCAUUGGUGCUUCUACAAUAUUGCCAUCACUUCAGUCAUUUUGUAUUUAUGCUGCAGUAGGUGUAUUUGUGACAUUUUUAUUACAAAUUACAUUUUUUAUUGCCUGUUUUACUUUGGAUGCUAGAAGAAUGGAACGAAAACGAAAUGGGAUGUUUCCGUGUAUCGUGCAUGAAAAUUUUACACCCAAGCCAUCAGACGUGAGCAGUGCAGUCUCUUGGAAAUUUAUAAACUUCUUCUACUCGCGAAUAGUCUUAACCACACCUGGGAAAAUUAUUAUUGUAUUAAUUACUUUUGUAACGAUGUCUACAAGUAUUAUGGGCUUGCUUAAGUUGCAACAAUGGUUUGAUCCAAAAUGGUUAUUACCGAAAGACUCAUAUUUGUAUCACUAUAUAGCUAUCCGAACUCAAACAUUUCCCAAUCAAGGACAUGAAGCCUUCGUCCUUAUGGGAGAUGAUAUUAAUUACUCUUUUGAAUUUUCUAAGAUAAUAUCUCUGACAGAACGCUUACAAAAUGCGUCUUUUAUACAAAAUAUAGAACCUUGGCCAACUGAGUUCGCAAAAUUCGUAUCACUGUAUUAUGACACAGAUUUGAAAUCUACAAAACUUACAGACGACAAGUUCCAUUAUUAUCUAUCGAAAUUUCUUGUUAGUCGAGCUGGUGGCAAAUAUCAGAGAAAUUUUUUUUUCAAAGAGAAGUUUAAAUGCGGGAAAAAUGCCCCACGAAUCGCAGUAGCAACCAUUGAGUUCUAUUUCAAACAAUUUGAAGGUCCUAACGAAUGGGUUCCGGCGAUGGAUAAUAGUAAACUCCUAACAAACGAAGCGCAAAUUCACGGAUAUGUGACAGUGUGGUGCAAAAUGUUCGGACCUUGGACUGCCGAUAAACUAAUCAGUCAAGAACUAUCACGAAACAUUAUCCUGGCAUUAUUCUGUGUUAUGGGUACCACAGCGAUUCUCAUUGCUGAAAUACAGACUUGUUUUUGGAUCUUACUCUGUGUACUUCUCACAUUGCUAAAUGUUUGCGGCUUCAUGUAUUUUUGGGGACUAACAAUAGACGUGGUGUCCUGCAUUGGUCUUGAGCUGAGCAUCGGUUUGAGUGUGGAUUAUGCCGCACACGUUGCACAUGCUUUCCUGAAUGCUGAGUCGCGAGAGGAUGAUGUUAAUGCUCGUAAGACCCGAACAUUGGUCGCAGUCAGGCAUAUCGGUGCAGCAGUCGCAUAUGGUGCGGGUUCAACAUUUCUCGCCGUCUCGAUGCUGGCCUUCUCGUCGUCCUACGUGUUCAUGGCCUUUUUUCGAAUAUUUUAUUUGGUAAUUUUGUUCGGGCUAUGGAACGGACUGAUCCUACUACCGGUCGUGUUAAGCAGUAUCGGACCGCAAAGUUUACGUGUGACGCAAAAGCCACAACCGAUGUCCGAAAAAGCCAUUUCUACGAUUGAUGAUGAAGAUUGAAACGGAAAUAUAGACAUUUGUUCAGGCAAUCCUCUUUCUUUAUCAAUAAUAUUUAUUUUUGGUUCAAUAAACAUACAAAAUUAUUACACUAUCCGUACUAUUAA